UGGCGGAGCGCAUCGACAACAUCAUCACUUGCAUCACCAUCUCCGAAGCCAUCACUGCCCAGCCGCAGUCACCCGCACCGUACCUACGAGAAGUAAUUCAUGGCCAGGCUGGAGGCAUGAGCGAGCUCCCGACCGAACAUACCCCGCUGCUGACGAAGCAUAGCUCUGAUGGUGUCAAAGCGCCGGUCGAUCCCGCCAAAGCCCCUCGCGAGGAGGAGACGAGACCGGAUCCCCCCAAGGCCGCCAAAAGGGAAGCGCAUCGCCGCAGAAUACUAAGGUCGAACGUAAAGUCAACGUGGCAGUUGGAGGCAAAUUGCGAGGCGGAAAUGCGUGCCGACUACGUGGACGAGCGAGGGCUAGCUACGUUUCAGCACAGCGAGUUCUCGUGCACCAGCAAGGAAGGCGAUGCUCAACUCAUCAAGUAUUCCGAAGAGGUUGGGACUUUCAAGGCGCUCUUCAUGGUCUCAGGCACUGUGCUCACCGACAAGGACCUCUGGCGGACUUGUGCCACGUACUGGAUGAUCACUGCUAUCAGCGCCACCGCCCUCAUCUUGGCCCAGAGGAGCUGGUUGUCAAUGGGGAAAGGCUCCAUGAAGGACAUAUCGCAAAGCUUUGAGAGGAUGGCCGGCUACUUUGAGGCCUUGAUUGGUUUCAUGGUCAGUAUGUUUGUCACCACGCUCUUCGGGCGUUGGUGGAGCAUCCGAAAGGAUGGUGUCGGUGGCCUCUGGGGCGCCAUCGAUGACCUCAUGCUAAUUCUCUCGAUCCAGAUGCCAGGCAAGGAACAUCGGGAGGUGAAGGAGCGUAUUCUUCGGCUUGGCCUUCUCUCGCACCGGCUGGUCUACGCGCAGGCCCAGGGCCUGGAGUCGGGGAAGGACCUCCAGAAGUUCUUGGACGUUGGCCUGCUGACGAUCGAGGAACUGGAGAUACUGAGCACGGAAACAUCAAAGGCGCAGGUUGUGUGGGUGUGGAUCGGCCAGGUCAUACACCAAUUGGCCCUCAAGGACAAGUUUCCGCUCCGGGACCUCGUCUUGCCGAAGUUGAACCAGCUCGUUCUUCAGGCCCGUGGCUCCAUCGGCCUGAUAUUCGCUUACACGGAUACCCAGGUGAGCGACUGA